AUGAUGGUUGCUACAGUCUUUGACGACCGUUGCGAGGAGUUGCGAGCUCCUGGUUUCCUCAACCUAACCGUCUCCAUAAUCAUCCUCGUCGGUCUUCUCAUCUCCUACCUCCCCCAACACUACCGGAUUGUCGCCAGAGGUACUUCAGAGGGUAUCUCGCCUUGGUUCGUCCUGCUGGGAACCACUUCAGCAACGGCUGGAUUUGCCAACAUUUUGACCGUUCCACCUUCAAGACGAGAUAUCCAGUGCUGCAGUGAAUUAGGAACGUUUGAGUGCAUUGCCGGGUUACUGGGAAUUGCCCAACUUGGCGUGCAAUGGAUCUCAUUUGCACUAAUUCUCGUCCUUUUUCUUGUAUUCUUCCGCUAUAACGAUGCUAAUGUUCCUGACGACGAGAUGGUUGACAAUCCGCCUUCAAAAAGUACCGCCAUCAUGGUUGGGUCGAUGUGCUUGCUUCACGGCCUCCUGGUCAUAAUUCUGACCGGCGUCUUCAGCAUAGCGCUCCGUGAGCAUCUUGACUUCUGGGCCAACCUUCUCGGCGUCAUGGCUGCGGUCCUUGCGGCCAUCCAGUACAUCCCCCAGAUCUGGACGACCUAUCAUAUCAAGCAUGUCGGCAGCCUGAGCAUUCCGAUGAUGUGUAUUCAGACCCCUGGUGGCUUCCUGUUCGCGGGCAGUCUGUUCGUCAGGCUGGGUUGGGAGGGCUGGAGCACCUGGGGCGUAUUUGUUCUGACGGCGUUUGUGCAAGGCAUACUCCUGUGCAUGGCGGUCUACUACGAAUUCCAGGAACACCAUGCUGAGCCACAGUCCCCGGGCACUUUGAUCGACGAGCCCAGACGGCCGAAUCCCAUCAGAACCUACUCCGAGGGUUGGGAGCAGGGUCUCCCCGGCCCGUACACGGCCCAUCCCGAAAGGUACGCAGAUACCGAGGAGGAGCUGGAGCGUUUACAUGACAGAGAGGAAAGACAAGUUGAAAGAGAGACUAGACCUCUCUUGCGUCCCGGCGGUAUCGGGGAUCCGCACAAGAACUACAACACUACACACAAUAACUGA